AUGAUUAACAUAGCGGGCGUGAUUUCGAUCAUCCUCUUUUACGUCCUCAUCUUGGCCGUGGGCAUAUGGGCGGGUCGCAAGAAACCAGCUGGCAAUGAUUCCGAGGAAGAGGUCAUGCUGGCCGGGCGGUCCAUUGGGCUUUUCGUGGGCAUCUUUACUAUGACAGCGACAUGGGUGGGCGGCGGCUACAUCAACGGAACGGCGGAGGCGAUCUACACCUCUGGUCUGGUGUGGUGCCAGGCGCCCUUCGGGUAUGCACUAUCGCUUGUGUUCGGUGGAAUAUUCUUCGCGAACCCGAUGCGCAAGCAGGGCUACGUGACGAUGCUCGACCCGCUGCAGGACUCGUUCGGCAGCCGCAUGGGCGGAUUGCUGUUCCUGCCCGCGCUCUGCGGGGAGGUGUUCUGGGCGGCCGGCAUCCUCGCUGCACUAGGUGCAACACUGGCCGUGAUCAUCGACAUGGACCAACGCACUUCUGUGAUCUUCAGCGCUUGCGUCGCUGUCUUCUACACCUUGUUUGGAGGCCUGUACUCCGUUGCCUACACGGACGUCAUUCAGCUGUUCUGUAUCUUCAUCGGACUCUGGAUGUGCAUACCCUUCGCGUGGGCUAACGAGCACGUGAAGUCGCUUGGCUCAAUGGAGGUGGACUGGAUCGGGAAGAUAGACCCGGACUACUACUGGUUUUACAUAGACUAUGGUCUAUUGCUCGUCUUUGGAGGUAUUCCUUGGCAGGUUUAUUUUCAACGCGUACUGAGCAGCAAGACGGCGGGUCGCGCACAAGUAUUGUCGUACGUAGCAGCGAUCGGUUGUAUUUUCAUGGCCAUCCCGCCCGUGCUCAUCGGAGCCAUCGCUAAGGGCACUGUUUGGAACGAGACAGCAUACAACGGUCCAUUGACCCCAGACGGGGAAUUGACUUCCGACCAGACGUCUAUGAUUUUGCCUCUGGUUUUGCAACAUCUCACGCCGGAUUUCAUCUCGUUUUUCGGACUGGGAGCCGUGUCUGCCGCUGUGAUGUCCUCUGCUGAUUCCAGUGUACUGAGUGCAUCGUCGAUGUUUGCCAGGAACGUUUACAAACUAAUCUUCCGACAAAACGCGUCGGAAAUGGAGAUAAUCUGGGUGAUGCGUGUGUCCAUCCUCAUAGUGGGUGUGCUGUCCACUAUCAUGGCGCUCACCAUACCUUCAAUUUACGGAUUAUGGUCAAUGUGCUCGGAUCUGGUCUACGUGAUCUUGUUCCCGCAACUGCUGAUGGUAGUACACUUCAAGAGGUACUGUAACACUUACGGCUCGCUGGCGGCGUACAUCGUGGCGCUGCUAGUGAGAUUGUCUGGUGGGGAGAAAAUGCUCGGUCUACCAGCUCUCAUCCACUACCCGGGCUGGGAUGCUGAGACGGAAGUUCAGCUGUUCCCCUUCCGCACAAUGGCGAUGGUACUGUCGCUCUUCACCCUGGCCUUCAUAUCUUGGCUAUCAGUAUUCUUAUUCAACUCGGGAUACUUAAGUCCAGAAUCAGACUAUUUCAACUGUGUCGUGAAUAUUCCUGAAGAUAUUCGGCGAGUUGACGAGCCCUCUGAAGCUGGUGAGCAGAUGUCAGUGUUAGGCGGUGUGCCAGGACGCUUGUAUGGAGCCGCUUCCACACUCGUUGGACCUGAUGAGAAGUCGGGCAGAAUCAACCCGGCCCUGGAAACUGACGACGAUGACCUCGACGAUCCCAACGACGGCCCUACCCCUCUCUUCGGGAACAGCAACGCUCCCCCGCCGGUCCAGCCCUUCGGCAAACAGACGGCUUUCUGA